ACAUAUGCAUGUAUAUACGACAUUCAUUGUACAUAAGUGUAUGCGGAGAAACGAAAUUGGAGGAUGGCUCAUAAGGAAAAUUGAGUGAAAACGAAAAGUAGCAAGUGAUUAGAAUAUACAAAUAGUAGAUAACCCACCCAAGCCCCAAGCACACGGCAAACGCUUGGAGCAGUCGCUACAACAACGCACACAAACAAACCAAAACAAUAGCGAACGCUGCUCUCUGCUGCUUUGCUGCUGCUGGGGAAUGGAAAUGGCUGAGUCAAACGGUCCAACGACAUCAACAACAACCAAUAACAUCAACAAUCAUUCAAAAUAUACGCGAUACACCGAACUACGACGCGUGGAGGACAACGACAUCUACAAAUUGGCCACCAUACUCGAUCGACACGAUUGCUGGCGCAAGUUAAUGUCCAAAAUACCCAAACAAUUGGAUGCCACCGAAUGUAGUGCACCUGGUGUUUUAAAUUUCAAGGAAAUUGCUACUCGUGUGGGCUACAAAUACAACGAACAUCAGAUCAAUUUGAUUGCGUCGGAACAUGUGGAUCGUGGACAGAGUAUAUCACAGAUUAUGAUUGAUGAGUGGAAGACAUCGGGCAAACAAUGGGAACGACCCACAGUGGGAGUGUUAUUGCAAUUGCUAAUACACGCCGAAAUCUACAGUGCAGCUGACUAUGUGGCCAACAAUUUUCUAAGCGAGCUAAACCCAGAACGUCCCGCUGACGGUCCUGCGGCAUUUGUGCAAUUCAACACCGAGUUGAGCGAGGAGAUGGAUGUGGAUGAGAGCAGCAGCUUUCAGCCAGACACCUCCGAGCUUAAUGUGGGACAAGCUCAGGCGCGUGGAACGCACAUGAAUGUGGAUUUCUAUGAGAAGCAUAUGGUGCGACGUGAUAAAAGUAUGCCACAGCCAGAGCAGGCGAUUGCUGCUGCUGCUGCUGAAACUCGACCACAGCGUCCACCGCGCGGACGUCAACGUACAACGACAACAAACAGCAAUGCCACCAGCAAUGCCGCCACUAGCCAAGCAAUCGAGUCCAAUAUUCCCUUUCUAUCAAUGCUUAAUGCAAGCAGCAACGAUGAAACGUCUACUCCGCACAGUACGGCACAAAUUGCCGCAUUGCCGCAAAGUAAUAUACCCAAUCUAUCGCUUCUUAAUGGCAGCUCCGAGACAUUGUCAACUGAGUUGGCGACCAGCACAAACUCAACGACAUCCACCACAGCCUCAGCAAGAACGGAGACUGGGGCGAUGAAUGGCAGCUCAAAUGUACCAAUGCUAACGCUUCUACUAGAACAUCAAAGAGGCGAGAUAAGCUCUACAAUUAAUGCGAGCACAACAGCAAUAGGAACAGCAACAGCAACAACAUCAGCAACUGUUGCUGAUUUGAGCUACAAUAAUUUGCCAGCAAUAAGUGCGUUGAAUUUGAAUGCUGCCAGUGGCAGCAGCAGCAGCAAAAACAUUCCAAACGGAACUGUAUCGCAUAAUGAUGAUGAUAACAGCAGCGGCACGAGCAGUUUAAGCAAUGAUGACGACGACGACGACGAUGAUGAUAAUGACGAGGAUGUUGAUGUGGAUGACGAAGAGGCGGAUGUGUCAUUGCCCAAUUUGAGUAAUUCAGAGCAUCAGACAUCGAACAAUGAUUCGAGUCUGACAACGGUUACUGGGACAAGCGGUGACAAUAGCUUUGAGAUGAUCAACGAUUCCAGUUCAGCGUCCAACGAUGAUGACAACGCCCACAACAUUCCAAAUGUGAGUGAACUGCAGAAAAAGUAAAAAAUAUGAUCGACCGUCCAUGA